GAAAACUAUUUCUCUCUCUCUCACAAGCCUCCCUCCCCCCCCCAUUCUCUCUCUCAGAUUAUCUUAAUAAAAUCUUUUUACUUACAGAAUCACAAAACUAGUGCAAACCCAACUUCAUCCUCUUCGAAAUGAAAGCAAAACUGAAAAACAAAAGAAAAUUAAUGAGAGGAGAAUAUCUUUCUUUACUAGUGCUCAUUGUCUUGGCAUCCAAUGAAGUACUUGCCAAGAAGAACUCUUUAACGCCUAAAUUAAGAAGAAGUGAUUUUCCAGAAGAUUUCGUUUUUGGGUCUGCAACAUCUGCUUACCAGAUUGAAGGAGCUGCCCAUGAAGAUGGUAGAGGACCCAGUAUAUGGGAUACAUUCUCUGAAAAAUACCCAGAGAGGAUAAAUGAUGGUAGCAAUGGGUCUGUUGCAGAUGACUCUUACCAUCUUUACAAGGAAGAUGUGGCUUUAUUGCAUCAAAUUGGCUUCAAUGCUUACAGAUUCUCUAUCUCAUGGUCGAGAAUAUUGCCUCGAGGGAAUCUAAAAGGAGGAAUUAAUCAGGCUGGUAUUGACUAUUACAACAACUUGAUCAAUGAGCUUUUGUCCAAAGGAAUUAAGCCCUUUGUCACCAUUUUCCAUUGGGACACACCACAAAGCCUUGAAGUUGCUUACGGUGGAUUCCUUGGCGCAAAAAUUGUAAACGAUUUCCGCGAUUAUGCGGAUAUUUGCUUUAAGAAUUUUGGAGAUAGAGUGAAGCACUGGAUGACAUUGAACGAGCCACUGGCUGUGGUGCAACAAGGGUAUGUUGCAGGUGGAUUGGCUCCAGGAAGAUGUUCCAAAUUCACAAACCCUAAUUGCACAGGCGGAGAUGGAGCCACUGAGCCUUAUAUAGUGGGUCACAAUCUCAUCCUUGCUCAUGGAGCCGCCGUAAAAGUCUACAGAGAAAAAUACAAGGAAUCUCAAAAAGGUAAAGUUGGUAUCGCUCUGAACGCGGGUUGGUACUUGCCGUAUACAGAAUCAGCCGAAGAUAGGUUAGCUGUGGCACGAGUCAUGGCAUUCACAAUUGACUACUUUCUGGAGCCACUUGUGACCGGUAAAUACCCAGUCGACAUGGUCAACAACGUAAAAGGCGGUCGUUUGCCUACAUUCACUACACAACAAUCUAAGAUGCUAAAGGGCUCAUAUGAUUUCAUUGGCAUUAAUUAUUACUCUUCUGCUUAUGCAAAGGAUGUCCCCUGCUCUAACGAAAAUGUUACCCUCUUCUCUGAUCCUUGUGCCAGCGUCACAGGUGAAAGAGAAGGAGUUCCCAUCGGUCCAAAGGCUGCAUCAGAUUGGAUUUUGAUAUAUCCAAAGGGAAUUCGUGAUCUUCUCCUCUAUGCAAAAUACAAGUUCAAAGAUCCAGUCAUGUACAUAACCGAAAAUGGUAGAGAUGAAUUUAAUACCGGUAAAAUAUUUCUUAACGACGGCGACAGAAUAGAUUUCUACGCUCGACAUCUUGAGAUGGUUCAAGACGCGAUCUCGAUUGGAGCUAAUGUGAAGGGAUUUUUUGCGUGGUCAUUGUUGGACAACUUCGAAUGGGUAAAUGGAUAUACCGUUCGAUUCGGGCUGGUUUACGUGGAUUUCAAAGAUGGAUGUAAGAGAUACCCCAAAAAAUCAGCUAAUUGGUUCAAAAAGUUUUUGAAUCAAAAGAAAAACAGUUGAUGGAAAUUGCACCAUUCCGUUUUAAUAAUAUCUCCGUAUUAUUGUUAUUUUUAUCGGUUGGAAAUAAUAAAAUAUUUUUGUUUAACUUUUUAGUCGAAGUAAUAAAGAACCCACAGGGAGAGCAUUGUAAAUACAAAUGAUUUUUUGUG